AUGGAAGUGGUGGCCACGACGGACAUCCCUGCAGAUCACCCGGUUAAGCUGCGCAUGUGGCUACGCCUCCAAACCAUCUCCUUCAUCUAUAGGACCCUCCAUAUAGUUAUUUCCUAUGACGCUGCCUGCUUUUUUGUGUCAUUGCUCAUGCGCAAGACCGUGCCUAAUGACGUAAUUUUUUACAAGAACUUCGUCACACAGUACCUUAAUACUAAUUCUGCGAAAUCCGAGAGCUUUGCUAAAGAAAUCUUCUAUCUGCGGAACAUCUAUGACAAGCACAAGCAGAGCGGAACUUUCCCAGAUAAUUUCGCAGAGAUUAUCGAAAUGGAGAAUGAGAUAUCUACAAAGUAUGAGCGGCCCCGCCGAGUUUGUCGUUUCCCCGACCCAAAGGAUAGGCUGCCCUUCGAAAUCCCGCUGGGGCCUGUUCACUUCUUUCAGAAGGGGCUGCUCCCAAUCCUCAAACUUGCUAAUAUCCCUCGGACGCUAAAUAAUGUCUACGAAAUAAGCCAAGAAUUCAAUCGAUUCGGAGACCUGGUCCGCAUUUCCACAGACCAAGACUUCAACAAGGCCGAGAUUUACUUUUCGCAGGCUCUGGCAGUCAUUAUGUGCAUUAGAUACUACAAAGACAGUGCAUCAGAUAAUAGUAAGUUUAAGGGCAUCGAGAUGGUCACUUUUGUAAACCGCUUGCAAAUGGACCAGCAAGCCAAGAGUGACCCGCCUCCUGACGCUGAUGCCGCUCUGACCUCUAUGCUUGUGCAGGACGGCACUUUACGAGACUCUGCAUCUCUCCGUGAGUAUGUUCAAGCUGCAAAGCUAGGCUUGGAGUCCUCUCCUAAACCAAAAAUUAUGGCAAACGAUCCUUCAUCUACUCAAUUUCAACCAUCGCAGGAGAGGACACAGGAGAAGAGAGACACGAAGUGUGUUCUUGUUAGCAACAUUCCCGACCAGUAUCACGGAAUUAAUUUCUUUGGAACAGGUCUCAUCACGAAGAAGGAGGCAGUCAAAUCAGUUCGGGAGGGUCUGGGGGAGAUAGGAGAAUACUACCUGCAAAUAGACAUGCAUACCACUCCGGCGGCUAUAGGGCUGUUAAAGACCAUUUCAUCAAAGAAAAAUAAUUUUGAUGGUAUCACUGCAUCGUUCCGUCCUGUAGACUUUGAGUUACUUAGCUCUACAGUUGUCUUUCCCAAAAAAUAA